AUGUCUGAUUACCUCCGCCUCAUCCCACAAAAUCGUAUGCCGCAGGGUUACGCCUAUGCCCUGCGUGUCGGUUUUUCCCCGGGUACGAUGGGAAGCGAGUAUGUUUCCGUAGUUAUUCCACCGGUCCGUCUACCUGGACGUUCUCGCCUACAUCCGUGGUAUAGUUUUCCUCGUGACCAGUGGAUUAGAACUACUAUACAAAGUUCCCGUUUAGAGGCCAUCUGCAAGCGUGGUGCUCAAUAUUGGCUGGACUGCGUCUUCCGCUGGUUGCAUUUCCUUCAACAACAGGUGAAGAUGAAUGAGCUACAAGUGGCUGCCAAUCAAGACUUUAGAAGGAUGUUACAGAAGACAAUUUUACAGGUCUUUGCCUUUCGUUUGGAGUACGUUGUGUUUUAUUGCCACCUACGGCGUGUAUGGCAGGAGAGGAGACUUGACCAGUUGAUCCUGCCGGACCCUUACGGUCUUUGCCCUCGCGUCUGUAGCGAUCGCAGUGGAAGGAUAGAAGAGGAUGACGGCGUGAUCGAAGUAAAUCGUGGUCUCGCUAGACCGGAGAACAGAUUGGAACAGUGUGUUUCAUCCACCAGUCUGCCAACAAUUCUUACCUCAAGUUGCUUUCCUGAUCCACAUGUUGGAUUGCACACAACCAUAAGCUUCUCAUGUCAAUGCCCUGCAAACACUGACUACAAGUGGAUGUGUGGUCCAAAACUUUGUUCUCUCCAUCGGAACUGGCGAACGCCUGGCUACUGGCAAGAAGGUGAUGCGAAGCAAAAACUGAGGAGCACAAUGUGGCGAUUUGAUCCACCAGCCUAUUACAAACACUUGCAGUGCAGCCGUGAAGGUACACUGGAUGUCGCAUACGUCUGCAUUAAUGACAAGAUCCAGUUGACCUACGGAUUCGUGAGGCCCCAAUGUCGGCAGGCUGAGUACUGUGUCUGCAAACCGCGAUAUCACGGAGCCCUCUGCGACAAGGUGACCAAUGGUAACCGAUACAGACGUAGGACCCGAAAGUGCCUUGACCCAUACCACGGCGACUGCCAGUUUCCGGAGGAAAGAGAUGAUGUAACAAGGUCAGAUACCAAGGUUACUGAAUUACGACUCUGUCGACCACGUCCCUGCGACCGCUACCUUAAGUUGAUCUCGCAGUCCAUCGAGAAGGCGCCCAUAAAAGCCAUGCAGGUGAUAUGGCAGUCAACCAAGGCUAUCAGAGUAAUCAUGAUUGUGACAUGUUUACUCCUUCUACUUGUGAUGGCACUUGCAUUCUGGACAGUUUCACUGCAGAGCAGGCGGGCUGGACUGUUUGCCAAAGAGUGUCACAUUGGGCCUAAGGAAGGUGAUGGAAAGAACGGAAACGUGAUUGAAGAAAAACAUAUUUCGAACUUUAACCAUAGUCUUUGCGGACUUGCUGUGUCAAAGUCCCCUUAA